AGGCGCCCAAUGUGGGCCUUCUGCCGAAGAAGUAGGGGCGGGGGGAAGUUUAGGAGUUGAGGAAAGAAGAUUAAAGAGCGCGAGGAGAUAAAUGAAUGGAGUGCUUGAAGUGCCCUUUGAGAUUCUGAAGGCUGAAGAGUACCUGAUAUAUUACAAGUCUGUUUGUGCCUCGUAACUGCGCAGACUGCCUGAAGUUACAUUUCGAGACUGAAAUCACUGCACCUUAAAAACAAAAGAUUGAGCUGCACUGUGUUCCUACUGUUUUACCAUCAACAAUUGAAUAUUUCACACAACAUUGCUGCCUGUUCCUUGACCACCAGUCCGAUACCUGUUCCUGCUCUUUAUAUGCAGCCGCUCUCUGUCCCCUGCCCCAAUGAACAUCUGCACUAGGCCCAAGCCUUGGAGUGACUUACCUGAAGAGUGACACCAUUUAUCUGAAAACUACUAAAGUAUAAUUGAGAGGAAAAGUGUGAAAGAAAUGCAAAGGGGAGACAAUAGAUGAGGAAACUGAAGCCCAGAGAGGUGAAGUGAGGUGCCCAAAGCCACACAGCAAGUUGCAGGCACAGCUAGUACCGUAGCUCAAGUCUCCUGACUCCCAGUCCAGUGCUCUUCCCAUUACUCCACGGGUCCUGUCUCUAAGCGUCCUGACAAAUGCUAGAACGGAAGAAACCCAAGACAGCUGAAAACCAGAAGGCAUCUGAGGAGAAUGAGAUUACUCAGCCGGGUGGAUCCAGCGCCAAGCCGGGCCUUCCCUGCCUGAACUUUGAAGCUGUUUUGUCUCCAGCCCUCAUCCACUCAACACAUUCACUGACAAACUCUCACGCUCACACCGGGUCGUCUGAUUGUGACAUCAGUUGCAAGGGGAUGACCGAGCGCAUUCACAGCAUCAACCUUCACAACUUCAGCAAUUCCGUGCUCGAGACCCUCAACGAGCAGCGCAACCGUGGCCACUUCUGUGACGUGACGGUUCGCAUCCACGGGAGCAUGCUGCGCGCGCACCGCUGCGUGCUGGCAGCCGGCAGCCCCUUCUUCCAAGAUAAGCUGCUGCUGGGCUACAGCGACAUCGAAAUCCCAUCGGUGGUGUCAGUGCAGUCGGUGCAGAAGCUCAUUGACUUCAUGUACAGUGGUGUGCUGCGAGUCUCACAGUCGGAAGCUCUGCAAAUCCUCACAGCCGCCAGCAUCCUGCAGAUCAAAACAGUCAUAGAUGAGUGCACACGCAUUGUGUCACAAAACGUGGGUGAUGUGUUUCCAGGCAUCCAGGAUUCUGGCCAGGACACACCAAGAGGCACACCAGAGUCAGGCACAUCUGGCCAGAGCAGUGACACGGAAUCAGGCUACCUGCAGAGCCAUCCACAACACAGUGUGGACCGAAUCUACUCGGCACUGUACGCUUGUUCCAUGCAGAAUGGCAGCGGCGAGCGCUCUUUCUACAGCGGUGCGGUCGUCAGCCACCACGAAACCGCACUCGGCCUGCCCCGUGACCACCACAUGGAAGACCCCAGCUGGAUCACACGCAUCCAUGAGCGCUCCCAGCAGAUGGAGCGCUACCUGUCCACCACCCCUGAGACCACACACUGCCGCAAGCAGCCCCGGCCUGUGCGCAUCCAGACCCUGGUGGGCAACAUCCACAUCAAGCAGGAAAUGGAGGAUGACUAUGACUACUAUGGGCAGCAAAGGGUGCAGAUCCUAGAGCGCAAUGAAUCCGAGGAAUGCACGGAAGACACCGACCAGGCCGAGGGCACAGAGAGCGAGCCCAAAGGUGAAAGCUUUGAUUCCGGGGUCAGCUCCUCUAUUGGCACCGAACCUGACUCAGUGGAGCAACAGUUUGGAGCGGGAGCCUCAAGGGACAGUCAGGCGGAACCCGCCCAACCUGAGCAGGCAGCAGAAGCCCCAGCUGAGGGCAGUGCCCAGCCAAACCAGCUAGAAACAGGUGCCUCCUCUCCGGAGAGAAGCAACGAGGUGGAGAUGGACAACACAGUGAUCACUGUCAGUAACAGCUCUGAUAAGGGCGUCCUGCAACAGCCUUCAGUCAACACAUCCAUUGGGCAGCCAUUGCCAAGUACCCAGCUCUAUUUACGCCAGACAGAAACGCUCACCAGCAACCUGAGGAUGCCUCUGACCUUGACCAGCAACACACAGGUCAUUGGCACAGCUGGCAACACCUACCUGCCAGCCCUCUUCACUACCCAGCCCGCGGGCAGUGGCCCCAAGCCUUUUCUCUUCAGCCUGCCACAGCCCCUGACAGGCCAGCAGACCCAGUUUGUGACAGUGUCCCAGCCCGGCCUGUCUACCUUUACUGCACAGCUGCCAGCGCCCCAGCCCCUGGCAUCAUCUGCAGGCCACAGCACAGCCAGUGGGCAAGGCGAAAAAAAGCCUUAUGAGUGUACUCUCUGCAACAAGACUUUCACAGCCAAACAGAACUACGUCAAGCACAUGUUCGUCCAUACAGGUGAGAAGCCGCACCAGUGCAGCAUCUGUUGGCGCUCCUUCUCCUUGAAGGAUUACCUUAUCAAGCACAUGGUGACCCACACAGGCGUGCGAGCCUACCAGUGCAGCAUCUGCAACAAGCGCUUCACCCAGAAGAGCUCCCUCAACGUGCACAUGCGCCUGCACCGCGGGGAGAAGUCCUACGAGUGCUACAUCUGCAAGAAGAAGUUCUCCCACAAGACCCUGCUGGAGCGCCAUGUGGCCCUGCACAGCGCCAGCAACGGGACCCCUCCCGCAGGCACACCCCCGGGUGCCCGCGCCGGCCCACCAGGCGUGGUGGCCUGCACCGAGGGGACCACUUACGUCUGCUCCGUCUGCCCAGCAAAGUUUGACCAAAUCGAGCAGUUCAACGACCACAUGAGGAUGCAUGUGUCUGACGGAUAAGUAGUACCUUUCUCUCUUUCUUAUGAACCAAGCAAAACAACAACAAAAGAAAUAAACAAACAAACAAACAAAAAGCUAUGGCACUAGAAUUUAAGAAAUGUUUUGGUUUCCUUUUUACUUUCUGUUUUUGUUUUUGUUCCGUUUCAUUUUGUACUACAUGAAGAACUGUAUUUUGCCUGCUGGUACAUUACAUUUCUGGAGGCUCGGGUGAAUAAUACUUUUCCCAGUCUCCCUUGGAUGGUGGCCUUAAGGCCUGGUAGUGCUUCAAGAGGUCCACUGGUUGGAUCUCUAGCUACUGGCCUCUAAAUACAACCCUUCUUUACAAAAAACAAAACAAAACAAAAAAACAAAACAAAAACAAAAAAAGCAAAAAACCAUACAUACAAAAAAACAAAAACAAAACAAAAAAAUCUUUUAAAAAAGUUUUAAAAAAGUUUAAAAAAAAAGAAAAAUUGUUUUUCCACUCGUGAAGAGCACUACAAAAUCUAUAAGGAGAUAUAAAAGGCCUGCUGUCUUUUAAGUACACCGCUCACAGUGUUUCAGUGGACAUUUCACAAUUCUGGCCACGUGGACUUCACAGUAACCAGUUCAAACUGUGGAAUAUCACUUCUGGUUGAGAACCCAGAGGAAAGGCCCUGCUGUUUCCACCUACACAUUAUUAAAGGGCUGUGGGAUGGGAGGGGGCAGUGAGCCCCAGUGGUGUGGAGAGAAAGUGGCGUGGCAGGCUUCUCCCCCAAUUCUGCCGGCCCCACACACCCUGGCCCACCUCCUCCACCUCCCUCCCCCACCCUUUCAGCAGAAGCCAGAAGACUUGGACAAGCAACAGUGGCUAUCGUAUUUAUUCAGUGUCUUUGCUGAGCCACGGUCUCAGCACAAUCAAGAGGGACUUUCAUGAAAGGCAGGAAUGCAGAGAAAACGAUAACAGAUUCGCACCUAUGUUUCUAGGUACAAGAGAAGGAUUAUUUCCAACAACCUUUGCAAAAAAAAAAAAAAAAGUGUCAGGAUAUAUUCUUGUGGAAGAGAAAAAGAAAGAGAAAUGGAGGGUGGGGGGAACGAUUAAAGUUCUUGAGGCUUUUUUAAUUCAAAAUUUUAUAGAGGGGCAAAAGUGAUGUUUACCAGAUAGAAUGCUGAUUUUUUUAAUAUAUUUACAACAGUAUUUGUGUAAAAAAAAAAACAAAAAAGUGAGAUUGUUAAAAGUAAUUUUUUUCUCCUUUUGGUUCUGCGUACACUGCCACCAAUCCCUUCUCAUUUACUCUGUCUAUCACACACACAUAUAUAUAUAUAUUUUUUGGUAAGUCAAGACUGUUAAGGUUAGCGAUACUGCUUCCAGAUAGAAAGAGUAAAAGGCAACUAAAGUUAUAUUUGAAAGAGAGGAAGGAUAUUUUCUUCAUAUUUUUUCUUAAUUUUUUAUUAUUUUAAGUAUUGCCUGGGUUGCUGAGGGCCCCAGAGGCCGGCACACCCCUGCUGUAAUUUCAACUGCUGCUCUGUUUUGCUGUGUAGACCUUUGACUUCUAGCAAGCUUAAGUUGUUCCACUGAAUAUUUUUUCAUCGAUCCAUCUAGAAUGCUGUCCUUUUUCAUGGGAGGGACAUGAUCUUUUAGCAGAUUUCUUACUUUCCCAAAAUUUUCAGUGAGCUCUUAGGAUUCUAGAGUUUCCAGUGAGCUUGCUUUUUUUUUUUUCUUUGAUGAAACACUAGUAGUCUAGAGAUCUUGACAAAGGGGUUUGUUUCGUUCAUGGUCAGCCAGGAGGACUCCACAAAACUACCCUCCCACUGUGUAAACGCCACUAUGAGAAGCCUGUUACAAACAACAAUGCGUCAAUGCCAAAACUCCCUUCUUCCUUUCGAUCAUCGCCUUGGACUCUUCCCACCAUGGCUAAGAGGGUGAAGUAGGAUGAUCAUUCUUUAGUUGAUUCUUAACCCUUGCUUUUGGGUGUUAACAAUUUCCCUAUGCUAACAUCCAGCUUCCAGAAGGCCCUGGAUCUCUGGCCUCAUCCCAGAUGCCACUCUUUCUAGUUGAGAUUCCUCUCUGUGGUCUUGAUCAAGAAAUCCUAAGAUUUUCCAGUUAUACACUGUGUCCUGAAGGGAUUCCAGCUCAAAAAUAGGACUUUCAAAAUCUAGCUAACACUCACAAAGUAAUUUCAUGAUGGGGCAUGUUUUAGCAUACUUAAAACGAAAAAUAAAUAUUCCAAUAAUGCAGAAACACCAAACUACGCUUUUAAAAAGAAGAAAAGAGGGGAUAUUUUCGUUUCUAAAUUACUCUACAUUUUAAUUUAAUUUUCCUCCUAAUUUUCCUGUUAGCAUUUUAUUUACAAAAAAAAAAAAUGCAGCAAAUGAGGGAAAAUCUUCCAAGGCAAGCAACUCUAUAAUGGUUAAAUUGGUUUUAUUCAUAUAUUUUAGACAAUUGGUUAAGUUGGAUCUUUUCCAUGUGUUCUUUGUGAUGUUUAGUAGUUUGUGCAACUGGAGUGUUUUGUGGAGUUUGAGUCCGUCUUACGGUGCUUCAUUCAUUCAGUGGCUAUUUUGCUAGAAGUUGUAGUGUGGAUUUGGAUGGUUAGCUGACUGCUGAGAAUCACUCACCAUGAUUUCUGAGAGGACAACCAAGAACUUGUGUGCCCUGUUUUAAAAAUGAGCUUCAGAAAUGCAGAAGCCCUCCCCGGCCCUCCCCAGCCCUCCCCAGCCCUCCCCAGCCCUCCCCAGCCCUCCCCAGCCCUCCCCAGCCCUCCCGCCUGCUGCUUUUGCUGUUGAAAGGGUCAGUGAGGACUUCAAGUUUCCUUAGCACCAACAGAGGGAGCAUUAAGUAACUACAUCACAGAAUCAUUUUCAUAUUUUGAAAAAUGAGUCAUUUAACCUAUUAGAAAAAAAAAUGACUGACAUUGUGAUAAUUUUUUUUAAUCUGGAGGGAAAAAGACAUGAAAUCACUCAUAUAAAACCAGUGAAAGAAGGUCAAAACCUAGUUUUAGUUAUUUUCACUGUUGUCAGGGGUACAUUUAAAAUAGUGUCUCUAUUCAAACCUUAGCAAAUUGGGCAGAGUUCAUAUUGUUUCUAGGAAAACUUACCUUGAAUACCAUCAGGCUAUACUUCCCCAUCUACUUCUUAAAUCUGACAGAGACCCAUUUGCCCUAUUGUCAGAAGCUAAGCAACUGGGUUAAAAAUCCAACCUUGUAGAGCAUGUAAGGAAAAGAAGAGGUGUCUGGAAACCCUGUACACAUCCUUUUCUUACAAAAAGGAAUAUCUCCUUUAAGAAAGGGUGGGGAUGUCCCUAAAGAAUUCUGGGUACUACUACUGUCUAGGCUCAUUCCUCCUGUAUUUUUUUCUCUCCCAAACAUCUCACGGCCUAAAGUAUUUGACAUUGUUCUCUAGAACUGGGAGGACACUCGAUUGCCAUUGGAGCUCCCAAGCAAAGAUGCUUCUAUAGGGGUAGUGACAUAUAUCUAGCCACCGAAGGGCUACUUUCCAACUGACCCAUGUUUUAGGAGACAAACCCAUCUGCACCUAUUCAAAGGAUACAGGUGCUUGAUUGCUGUGCACACCUGCUGUCAGGGUCACGAAUAAGGGAGGGGCGAGAAAGAGGCUUCUCAGUGUCUGGUUCCCAGCCCUACAGUUUUUAUGAUGGGAUGCUUGUAAAACUAGAGAAGGAAAAAAGGUCUUUUUAGUAGUAGAGAGAGAGAAAGAGAAAGAAAGAGAGAAGCAGAUGUUCCAGACAGAAGACCUUAAGAGAAGUUUGAGGAAUAAGAGCUGGUAUGCAAAAGAACACUAGUAUAAUUUUUUUUAACAAUAUGAUUUUUAAAUGGAAUUUGUUAAAUACAAAGACUGAGGAAUGUUUGUCUUAACACAUUUAUAUAGAAAUUAUGAAAAAUAAAAUUCCCUAGCUCUAAAAACAUUGGUAGUGUCUCAGCAUGGUGGGUAGUUUUUCCUGUAUUAAGUACCAACAUUUGUACAAAAAAGAGCCCCUAACUGUAAAAUAUAUCCCCCCAAAAGACAAUAAUAACUAAUGAAUGUUCAGUUCUACAGUUAAAAACAAAACUGAGAACCCCCCUCCCCCCGGAAUCUGGAAUGAAAAUCUAUAUCAAAGUAUUUUCAUUAUUGUAAACUUACCCUCUUCACAGCCAUUUUGCAGGCUCUCCCAUCCCAGUUCUGUUUGCCAGCAAUGAGGGUGGGAAGUAGCCCUGGCUUGUGUCUCAGAUGUACCAUUCCUUGCUCCCUGUAUCCAGGAGGUGACAGUAGUUCCUGGCCUUAAAAAGACUUGGGUUUGCCUUCUUUCUCUAAAAAUCAGAGCUUUAUUUUAUAUCCUGAUGCUAUGUAAGGGCCAAGAAAACCCUCUGCAACCCACAAACAGGGAGAGUGUAUCUGAGACUUAAGGAGCAAGAGGUGUCCUCUGGGUGUGCGAGCAUGUUUCCAUGUCAGUCUUCCUGUCGGGAUCUGCAUGUGUUCCAUCUCACACAUCAGCCUGUGUCCUGCUCAGGCCCCAAAGCAGUGUUUCCUGUCACCGCAGGCAUUAAAAGGAAAGUGGUGCCUCAUAACACCUGGGUCCCCAGGAAAAUGCAGUGAAGUUCCUGGUUACUUUCCUAUUGCAGCCCUCUAAGACACUCCCAACACCUUUGCCCCAGGAAUAAUGAAGUGAGAUCAACCUGGCCAGGAGGUAGCAGAUUGGCCCAUUCUGAGCCUUCCCCGAUGUUGCAGAAGGAGUCAUUCGAUUAGUUAGGGCUGGCCAUACAGAGUGUAUGAUUCGACAGCAGAUCCCAUCAGGCAGGCUCUGCUGUGACCAGUGUGGCAGCUGCAGCAAAGGAAACAAAAAGGUGUAGCCCAGGAGCAGACAGGAGAUGCCCUGUGGGGGAAGAGAACAGAGGGUGGGUGCCUUUUCCGCUGUGACUUGACUCCUAACAGAAACUCUCCAAAAAGAAUUCUUGAAUUUAGUAAUGAGUUGAAGUCCAGGGUAGUGGAAGCUCUGGGGAGGAAAACAAAAGAAUUGCACAAUGUAUUCAGUACCCGACAAUACCAAACCAGAAGACGUCCAAUCACAAAGCUAGGAAGUUUGGCAAGAGGUACUUGGGGAAACCUCCAGCCUUUUGCAUGGGUAGGGUCCGCAGACUUUCUUUUGAGUGAUUUCUGGCUCGGAGAAACCUCUUUACUCACUAGAAAAGAACUUUAUUUAAAUGGCCAAUUUUGUCCCCCAGGGGGAAAAAAAAAGAAAAAAUUUAAAAAGACAGAAAAGAAAAAUAGGACACUAAAGACAGAACCAUGUGAGUUGGUAACAGACAAAAGAAAGGGGACACUAGAAUUUCAAUAGACUCCCCAAUUGGAUAGGGAGAAAAAAAAAGCUACCCAGGGGCCUCCCAGCUCCAGACUCCCAGUCUGCUGGGAGGGGACAGAGUGCUUGAGCUGACCCAGCUGCUGGCUUUCUGGGGCUGGCCAUAAUUUCCCAACUGGGACCCUGGCAACCCCCACUUUCGUUCUGUGUUUUCAUAAGGAAAAAGGACUGUUCUCUUAGGUGGCAUGGGGCAAACUUUCAAAAACAAGCUCUGCCUGUGCUUAGGCUGCCCCAGAAGAGCCCCAGCCUAGACAUGUGAAUCCUUAAGUAUUCCCAAGGGCUUUGUGUGCAGUUACCAUUUCCAAUAGUCUUAAGCCUCCACCAGAGGCAGACUGUGUUCCUGUAGAGUAGCACAUGUGAAAGUUACUAACACAAAGCAUCACUUCUAGCACAAAGAUCAGGCCAAGCCAAAUACCCCAAGGGGGUCUCUAAGUUUCUCAAGAUGCUUUUCUGCUUGACCCCUGAAUCCGCAGCAGAAGUAAUGUGCAUUACUAAGUCCCAGGGAUGCCUGUGGGACUUUCCAUUCCCUCUGAGGUGAAGAGGCGAAGAUGAAGGCUUGCAGGGCACACGUUCUUUUUCAGAACCACACUGGAGGAGGAAUAGAAACCCCAGGACUAAAACCAGAGUCUUAACACAUGGCUGACUGACAGCUGCCCUUCUCCCGUGGCUUCUUCAGACCCCAGCUGUUGCCCCACUGAAGUAACCUCAGCUAAGGAAUUUUCACAAGAAACCAUUAGGUUGUAGACUUAUUGCCUUAAGUUAUAAACCCUGGAGGAAAGCAGACAAAAAAAAAAUACAGAAAAUGAAAGGCUGUGGAGAUAGAGACAUUUCUUACUUUUUAAUGGUUCCAUAAUCACAAAAAUAAGCUCUAUUCAUGACUGAGGACUAUGGAAACAGUGACUUCCUGGGGAGGCACCAAACUUGUAGGGGAACCGGCUGCUUUCAGGAAGCAGCUAUUUCCUGUCUACUCUAUUUCAUUGGUAGGUCGAGGCUGAAUAUAAAAUAAGCAUGUUGCUAAGGAGCUAGUCCCGUUAAACAUAAUCACAGGUGCCUGGAUGAGUUUUUAAAUGUCUCCUUAACGGGGAGAACAGUCUCAACAUACAGCUUUCUUUUUUAUAUAAUCCGUAUCUCUCCAGUCUGCACUUUGUUCCAUCUCAGUUUUGGAGUGCAUUUCAUUUAUCUUGGGGGUCUUUGUUUAAAUGCAGAAUCAAAACUUUCAAGUCUUUAAUCUGCAGAUCAUAGACAAAAGUUAGCCAUAGUCAUGAAGUCCCAGCCUCGGCAAUGCCUGCAAACAGUCAAUCUCUCCUUGGAUCUCUUGUGAAUUGAGAGGUUUCUUGGUUCAGAGUACUUCCAUGAGAUUCUGAUACUCCUGCAGCAGAGAGAAAAAAGAUUUGACUCCACAGGAGACAUCUGUUUUUACUGCGGUUGCAACAGUUGUUAUAGCCCAUAGCAUCAGUGAUAUGCACACAGAUGCUAAUAACAAAAGUGGCUUAACCCAUCCAGUUUGUCACAGCUGCUGGCCAGAAUGUCUGUAGAUGGGCGCACCUUAUACAUGUGCACACGUGGUGUGAGGUGCUGGUACCACGAAACUUCAUUCAUAUUCUCCAGUGACAACAGCAUCGACUUGGGAAUUUACAGCUAGAGUCAAAGGCCUGAGGCCAUGCAUAUACCUGCUUUCUCCUCUAUUACCUUGGUUGGGUGCAUCAGUAUCUGAGGUGAGGCUUUAGAACAUUGGGAAGUAGCCCAACCACCAGUAGUUUGUGUAUAGCCUUUUGAGAAGAAACUUGAACAAAUGCUACACUUCUGUGGAUUUACUGGUAGAAUGUGUGUGUAUGUGUGUGUGCGCAUGCACACGACUACGCACAUUUGUAUGUUUGUGUGUAUUUCUGUUGUCUGGGUGUGUGUGCAUCUCUCAAACGAAUCACACCCAGGCAGAGUUCCUGGUGCAUAGAUACAGUUGCCUCUUCUACCAUUGUGCUCAGACUCAUGGCUCUCUUCCCAGGAAGCAGUCACCUGCCCACUCUGUUGCUUUUUGUAGCUUUUCAGAGUUGGGAGAAACAAAGGCAGCUUGUUGGCUCCACAGCAAACCCACAGGGACAGGCUGUUUCUCUCCAGAAGAGGGUUGAGUACACAUAUUCAACCAGGGAGCAGACCAGAGGGAGCCAUCCAAGGCACCUUCCAGGACUCCCAGAGGAGAGGCACCCAUCCAGGCAGGUAGCGCCCAAGCAUCCCAGGAUUAAGCCUGAGCUCAAAGGCCAUUCCUGGCCUCCCUGGAACCUUGGAGGCUUUAGAGAAGGAGCAUGAUCUGCAGAUAACAAAGUCUAGCCCCAGGCAUGAAGUCCCAGCUCACAGCAUGUGCACACACUCACACACAGGAACUACAGGGGAGUCCUGCUCCCAAACUGAAACUCUCUGAUGCUGCCUGCACCUACCUGCAGGACACCACUGUCCCUCACAGGCUGCAUCUCCUGAAACCAGUGUGGCCUUUACCCGAGUCUUUCCAGGAUGCGUUGUUUACCAUGUCUAGCAAACCAAUAGACUAUCAGAGGGAUAGCCUGAGAGGAAUCUGUAAGACUCAACGGCUCUUGCCUAUGUCAGACAUUAAAGUAGGAUGCUACCCUAGGAUAAUAUACUGAAUGACUGGACUUAGCUCUCAUAGGUAACUCUCGAUGGCUUGAUGAGCUGGAAACAGUUGGCUUUAGUUUUCUCACUCCCAUGUCCUUCUUUUACUAGAUGGUUUCUUUCCUUCCCUUCUUUUGUGAUAUGUAGAUUAUUUCUGCUUUACAGAAUUCAGAGGACCUUUCCUCUUAUGUUUUAGUGACAUUUCCCCUUCCCCAUGCAGUAAGGCAAUUAUUUUUUGUUUGUUUGUUAUUUUUCAAAUGUGUAUUGUCUUUCUGUAUUCAAAAGAAGUCUGUGACCAUAACCACAGGUAUUUCUUUUUACUGGAAAAAAAAAGUUCAUUUCUUGUUUUUGUUUUUAUUGUUUUAAUUAACAGUACUAGUGACUUUGUGAAAGACUAUGGUUACUAUUUAGGUAUGCUUACUUAAGUACAAUACACUACAUUGCAGUGUUUCUGAGACCUAGAACAUACACAUUAUAUAUAACAACUCUAUAUUGAAAUAUAUUACAUUAUAUUCUUUUUAACUUUGAAUCUGCCAAUGAUCAUGAGUUGAUUGAAAUAUUAUUUCUUCACAUAUAUCACCCAUCACCACCCACUGCAGUUAAUCUGGUGCAUUUAAUGACCAUUACGGUUCUAGUUUGCUUUUUAUAUUAUCAGCUUCAGUAUUGUCUUUAGAAGAUUUUAGGAUUUUUUUUUUUAAGCUCAGACUUAGCACAUGUAGGAAAGUGAAAACUGUUUAAACUUUAAAAAAUUAUCUUGCUGUGGCUAAUACAAAAAAGUUCAUAUUCCAUGUGAUCUUGUUUAGCUGACCCUGUCAACAUCUGAAGAACAAAGGAAGUACAUAUGAACGUAUCUGUGACCUUCCCCUUUAGGACUUACUUUAAUAAGUAAGACUUGCUUUACUUGCUUUAAUAAGUAAGACCAAGAAGCUGCUUGUCUGUCACAUGACCUGACCAACUAUCCUAAGCUGCAUUUCAAAGGGCUGCUUUGGUGAGAAGCAAAGACAGAGAACUGCCUCGCUGUCCCAACUGUAUCUCCAAACACUGCUGUUCAGUAUUGAUCCUUCACUGUCCGCUCUCUCUCUUUUUGGCGUGCCAGCCAUUAUUUUCAUUAGUCCUCAGCAUUUCCCUGGAGGCAUCUUGGCAAUACACUGUUCAUUUCCCCAGGAGAUUUAUUUUUAAACUAAAACCACAUUUCUGGACACUUUUUAUUGACAGAACUCAAAGACAUAUAUGACAUUUUCCAGCCUCGGUGGCUCUUGUUCCCUGGUCCUCAGCAUGUCUGCUUGCUUUCUUCUAAGGGGGCAUUCAGAAAUCAGAUAACCUGUCUUCUAACAGAAGCACUUCCAGGUCAUCUUUUCAAUUAGGAGCUUUCUUAGCUGCCCCCAGCUAUUCCACCAAAAGUCUGGACAUCAGAAUCAAGUCAGCCGAAUCCCAGCUCAUCCUUCACACUCUGUAUUCAGGACAAAAUGAAGUAGAAAACCUCCCCGUGGUGGACCAAUAUUUAGGCUUCUCGGUGUGAAUAUGCCACUUCCUCCUUCGAUCUUCCAUCAUCAAUUAUUGUCUUGACGUCUCAUCACAUUCUGCUGUGCCUAUCCAGUGUGUCUCUGCCCCCAUCCCACCCACACCCCCCUUAGCAUCUUCCAUUUGUGACGCCUGGCAUUCAUUAGGGAGCUCUCCUUUAGUCUCCUUUGAUGGUGCUAAACUAGAACCGAGUAGGAAACUGCUUGUGUCUCCUCUGCUUUCAAUGAGAGACAUGCCAGCUGAAGAGCAUGAUUCUGAACUGAGGGACAGUGAGGCUGUCCCUUCAGUGAUCAGGUAUGAGGUAAAGUGUUCCAACUCCAUUAUUUUUGAUUUCCUUUCCUUGCCACAUUCUCAUUUCUUCUUGUUUCUUUUUAAAGGUAACUUUGAGCUACCCAAUCAUCUCUUCAGUACUCCCCCCCCCAAUUUUAUAUUAUGACCCCCAACUGUUCAUGAUUUUCUUUCCACCCUUCUUAGCAUCUUUCUUUAAAUGAGUUCAUAAACUUGAGACCCGUAGGCAGAAUGAAACAUGUCUUCAUUUCAGCUUCAGAUUUUAAAGGUUGUCAGUAUCUUUUGAGAGUAGGAGGACCUGAGUCACAGUUUUAAAUGUCAACUGUACUAGUUGAGAUCAUUAAUUCCUCUCACCUUUACAUUAAACCAAAGAUAAGUAUUUUCUGGUUUUUUUUAAUAUCACAAUUUUCAGAUUCUUGAUAUGAGUAGACCAUUUCUGAGGGAGGGAAAAAAAAACCAUGUUGAUUAUUUCUGAUUGUGCUAAUAUUUAGCCAGUGACAUGUUUGCCAGAUACUAGAUUUAAAAGAGUCUGAAGAAAGAGGUAAAAUUUCAAAGUAACUUUGGUAGCUAUUCAUGUCAAAAGCCACUUCCAUUGAAAACAAUGUAAGAAAAGUUUGAAAGAAUUUCUUCAUGUAUUACAUUUUUGAAAAGCCAAAUAUUGGUUGGUCUGAAACUUUGAGGGGUAAUUUAUUAAGGAAUAAAAGGACCUAUAAAGUUUAUCAAAUGCCUGUUUUAUAAACAAAAAUUGCCUUGACAUAAACAUACUAUAUGUUAAAAAAAAAAACCAAAAAAAAAAAAAAAAAAAACAAGAAUAAGGCUGACUGGGUCCUGUAUUAGAUUUGAUUUGAGGACUCGGUUUAUAAAUACAUGGUAUGUUAUUUGGCCAUCAUUCUAGAGCUCAUUCCAAUCACAGCUUUCUGUUCUCCAGAACACUGAUGAAGAAGACUGAAGUCAUUGUGGGUGUAGCCCUUUGGGGAUACGUGUAAUGUCAUUCCACAGUGACCCUUUAGCACAAUGCCCUGACUCACUGUGAUACCACAUUGUCCCUCUGCUCAUUCGAAGAUGGAGUCUGAGACAGUUUGGAGUAGCUAGGCACUCAUUUCUUGCUCUACCUUGACACUCAAAAUCUACACUUACUAUGAAAAAUGUACUGUCACUCAGCUUGAGGCUUGGUCCAGCCUUUGUCUUAAAACAAUUUAUCAUCAUAAUAAGCAUCAGUUUGCACACAGAGAGCAAUGAGAUAAACGGCGAGUUCAGAAGUCUUCCUGAGGCUGGCAUCUCUCAGGAAGCCACCAUGACUUAAGGCCAAUGUUUACAUUGCUGAAGACUGUGAUCUUUGCUUAGCAUGUCCUCCAACCUAGUCUUCCCUUCAUCUCUUCCUUUUGCCCUUUGGAACUCCUGCCAUCUCUUUUGAGGGUAUUCUGCAUCUAAAGAGCACUUGUCCUCUGGCACUGCUUUCUGAAGGCACAGAAGUCUCUUUCAGAUCACCAGAUACUGUCAUCUCAAGUGCAGUGUGGAGUGGGAGAAUCUGGAUCGGAAAGAUCUCAUUUGGUCCAGUUGAUCUAGGCUGCCUUGUUACCGUUGUUCCUUCAAGCUCUCCAAGAGAUCCAACCCUAAGACCCAGGAUUUCUCACCAGAACCUCUUAAGUUUGUCACAGAUGAAUGUCUAAAUCCUUUUUAAUAUUCUAGAGGCUCCAGGGUGUGAAUUCUUAUUGCUUAGGAGCCUCCUGUUUUUACAAGCUGGCACCUGUCAAGAGCACCAACAGCCCCGGCAGUAACUAAUGCAGCAAAAGAAUGGUCAGAAACGCUAUAGUGUAUAUUUGAGAGAUUAGCAAGUGAUUUUUUUCUUCUUUUACCCAUUUUUAAAAAGCCUGCAUACCCCCCCAACACAUUUCAGAAAACCUGCAUCUCAUUUUACAGUUAAGUAGUUUUAGUUUUGUGAAUGUAGAUUAGGAAAUGUUCUGGAAUUGAAGCUGGUAGCAAACAAGUUUAUUUUCUGCACUGGACGUUAGGACAAGUGUGCAUGGAUGCAAUUCCUUCAAAGAAAGUGAAACGUGGUAAAGCAAAGGGACAAUACUUUUACACAUUAAAACAGUUGUCUGCUAUCUGUAAACCUUGAUUUAAGCGUAAUUAUUACUUUGUAGAAAUUUGAAACUGGAGGAAUGUGUAUUUUAGUAGAGUUUGUUUGUCGAUUUGUUUUUCUUUAUGUCUUUCUUCUCAAGCUAGGGAAAUGUUUGGAUUCUCUGAGUUGACCCUGUCCCUGCACAUCAGGUGCCUGCCCCCGACCCCACAGUAGUCAUUUGCCUCUUAGGAAAGCCUUCAAUCUUCCGCCGAGAAGUCCUUUCUCAUGAAAGUCGUAUGUUCCUUUUCUGCUGUCACUUAGAGCUUUGAGAAGAGAUUCUUUCUGCACUUUGGGGAUGGAAUAGUUAAAACAAAAAACUAUUCCUUGAAGAAGAAACUCUCUUAUUUAAAUGAACAGGUCUGGGGCCAAAGAAUGGAGCUGACUGCUGUUGAAAGUCAUUCUUGUACUACAGAUGGUCAUUGCUUCCUCAAAUCCUUUUUGGAAUACAUCUGGGGAUAAAUUUAUUUUCUCUUAUUGGGAGGUUUCUUAUGAGUAUCUAGUACAGAAUUCCUAGAAAGGAAAAAUAAUGAGCAUUAAUAAAAUAUCAUCUAAUCUGUCCAUUUUCACAAUGGUAGGGAUUUCAGUCCUGUUCAUUUUAAGCUGUCUAUAUUCAUAAGGUCUUAAAUAUGGAAACAUCUACUUCCGCUUUACUCCUAACUCCUCCCUGGCACUGAGAUGGACAUAAGCAGGAAAUCUCCAAGCUGCCAAUGCUUUUCUUGUCCACAUCCAACAUCACAAAAGAGAAAAACACCAAAUUAAAAAUGGGGAGGGGGUCUUAGUACUACUCAUCUGAAGAAUACUCUGUGCAACUCAGCUUAACUUACAAAUCGCUGGACAACCUUUUAUAACCUGGCUUUUGUGCUGUAAUUUACAUUCUUGGCUCAAACUUGGGAAAUAAAUGCAAUUUCAAUUAAGUGAACAGAAGGAAAGCAGGGGGAGGGCAGGGUAACUCAGUGGAACUAAACUGGUACAAUUCUACAUUCUUGAAACCUGUUUUCAGGGUUAACAAAGAAUGACCUCACCCUGGCCCUGUCGUUCCUUCCCAUCUCUCUUUUUGAUGGUUCUGAGAAUUAGUACAACUGUACUCUUUAGUGAUUCGUGACUUCUCUUCAUGCUGUCAAGACUGUCAAAAGCAUGUAUAGAAAUCCUUGACUGCUCUGCACCUAAUCUGCUCUCCAGGGGACAUGUGAUGUGUGCAUACAGAUAACCAAAAGUGGACUAGUGCUUCAAUGAGGUUUUGCAAUAGUCUGAAGUGCUUUAGCUCACAGCUAGGGGAUCUUUAAAAACAAAGCUCGCUGUUCUACCCUUGGCUCUUCAUGGGACAGAUCUUGGCUUGGAAUCAGCAGUAGAGUCAAAGGAGAAAAUGCCCCAGGAUGCUUGAGCAGUAAAAUUUCAUCCUUACUCCUGUCGAUUUAGACUUCAAGUUUCUAUAGAAGCCUACUAAAGUAUACAUUAAGGAUAAUUUGCUUAGGCAUAUCUAAUUAAGAUCCAUUUUGCACCAUUGUUAAAGAAUUGUGAUUGUCAGGUGAACAGGGAGUCUCUUAGUAAUCCACAUCCUUCAUAGCAAACAAAGGUAAGAAGCCCAUCACAGUUGGUCUACAGUUGCUUUGUUUUUAAAAGCCCCACAGUGCCAAACGUCCUUGUUUCUCUCUAUCUGACACUACACAUUGAUUCUCCUCAAAUGCCAGCAUGUGUGUGUGGGUGUGAGCAGUUAGGCCGAUUCACAUGUGCAGAGGGAGGUUUCAGAUACACUGACGAGAGAUUCUUGAGGGUUACCACAUACCAAGUGCUUCUCCAGAUUCACCCACAUGGUGAAUCCCAAACUGACUCUUUGUCAACUUUCAGUAAGACAUAAGCUCCAUAAGAAUCCCACUGCAAAGGUUUUCGUUUUUAAACGGAAUAAUCCAAAAAGAGUUACAAUGCAGAACCUGCAUUUUAGUAUAAUAAUUCACUUUGUAUUUAAUAGUUCUACUUUUUGCAUAAGUGUCACUGAGUCAUUUGUACCAAUUUACAAUCCAUCAUUUUGAGAGAGGCCUUGCAAAUUUCUGUGUAUGUGGACGUAUGUCUAUACCUCUGUGUAGCCAGACAAAAACAAAACCAGGAGUGGCAUGAGUGAAAAGUAAUCGAUGCCGAAAGCAGGCCUCUUGAUACUAUGUAAGGUGGCUGCUGCUUGUAGACCUUGAUGAAUAGCUGCUUCUGCUACUCAAAAAGAGCCCUGCACUGUUAAAUUUAGGACUGAGUUUUAGGAAACAGAAAGGCUCUCGCUCUUCUUUCUGUACUCAUCUCCUUAGUAUCAGUCACCUGACAUGAGAAACCCAUUAAGUAAAAGCACUACUGACCUUUUCAUUGAGGAGCCAUUUUCCUCCUCCAACUAAUCCCCUUGAUUGCAACUCAACUGUAUGCCUUUCUUUUCUGCCUACCGGCUUAAUGCUUUCUAGAAGAAUACAGAGGUACAAGCUGGUUGUUUCUCUCCUUUGAGCUGAAACAAACAGGAACCACAAAAGAGAUGAGUCACACAAGUAUGAGGCAAAGACUGUGUUUCCCACUUUUGUAGCACUGGUAACCUUUAGUAAGAGCUGCUUAUGGUUGGGCUUUGAAUCUGUAAUCAUUUUUAGUAGAUUUUUAGUUUAUGGGAUUUUUUUCUCUCCUCUCUCUCUCUCUCUCUCUCUCUCUCUCUCUCUCUCUCUCUCUCCCUCUCUUUUGCACUAAGCGUGACUGCACUGUGUUGCACUACUGAGAUGUAUUUAUUCAUGCCAGGAGAGUGUGUUAGGGAAGGGAAGAAAGAGGCAAGCUGGGAGACUAGGGACAUCACAGAGAUGGAGGUUAUUUCCAUUAUGGUCUUAGCAGAGCCAGUGAGAAUCUGUGGAAUUUUUGCCAACUCUUAAUCAAGUCUAGAAACUGCUAUGCUGACAAAAACCUGUUUUCUUAUUGUAUAGAAGUGGGUUAGUACAACAAAUAGAGACUAUUUCAGAAGAAAUGUAUCCAAUCUCGUUUCCAAAUAAGCUUACAAUAAGAGCCACGAUAGCAAGAAAGCUGCCUGAGCUGACAUGAAGCCUUCAUCUUGGCUCACAAGACAACAUGAAACCUCUCACUAUGGCACACCUCGGUGUUCCUGAAGGUCAUGGUGUCCAUGUUCAGAUACCCUUUCUAUCCAUGGCAAGACCUAGAUCUGGGUAACCAAAGAGGAAGGCCAUGCACGUGGUGACAUUGUAAGUGACAGCAAGGGAUCAGUGCAAUAAACAUUGCCAAACAGUGAGGUGAAAGGCUUAUUCUGAAACAAGGUAGGCCAACUAGAAAACUGGAAGAAGGGUCAGAGGUGUCGUCCCAGUCCACGAGCUGCUCGAGCUGCUCCAUCCUUGACUAUCCUUAAGCAGAGACCUUGAUAGUGCCUAAAAGUUGACAGUUGGUGCAUUUCCCCCCUAACUUUUCAAUUGAUUAUUAUUGCCUUUUUAAAUCUCAGAAGCUCAGAGUUUGACAGCUCUUUAGUAACUAUUAACAAGAGGGUCUUGUACCACAGGAAAAGCAAUAGACUGUGUGGGGAAUGAAACAAGUGUGAGGAUUCUGAGGGACUCCUCCAGAAUCCCGGAUGACAGCUUUUGAACAAUCUUGUUCACUAAGAAUCACAACCCAUGUUGCGCUAGUGUUGAAUUUCUGUGAACACUGUCCUAUGUGAGGGCAUCAGUUUGGAAAACUCAUGGUUGCAUCACUUUCUCCUUCCUCCCUAUUAUCUGUCUCAGUCUACCUUUCCAAGUUAAAUGUUUCUUCUUAAACAUACAAAAGUGUCAGCCUUGCUGGGUGAACCCCACAUAUAAACCAUCCAGAACCACCUUAAAGAGCCCCUGAGGCACUCAAAGCAUUAUCUGUAUUUCAGAUAGGAAUUCUAAAUAAGAGAUCUUAGCAGAUGCUUAGAAUGCAUCCUGGGAAAGCACAAAGAGGUCAUGGAGACUCCCAACCAAAGCUAUGAGAAGAAAUAACUGGCCUUUUAAAAUACCCUCACAUUGACUAUUCUUGGAUACCUUUCUUGAGGCUUUGGGGGACAAGUUUUUCUUGAAACUUGGAUAUCCAGUCCAGUUCUGUCACCAAAGAUUUUCUUCUCCAGAUCAUAGCCUCCUCUCUCCCAGGCAAAAGUACCAUGACAGGCCUGCGGAUGCUUUCAGUGACUGACAGAGGAAACCCUCCUUCUGUUCACAGUAGUAAUCACAGAUCAUGAGCGUAGAGGGCUACUAAACACUCUAUGAUUUGGGAGUUAGUUAGAAGGUUAAAAAAAAUACACAGUACUACUUGACACUGUAAACUGCGAAAUACAGUUGUAACCUGGAGACUUGUGGAGAGAAAGAAACUUCCAUGGAAGAAAGUGAGUUAAAUCAUUUAGAACCAAGCAAGCAUCAUUGGCGAGAGGGUCAUUGGACAAUAAGAAACAAGAGCCAGCCAGGGUCAAUGAUAGUGGCAUGUGGAAAUGUAGACAACAGGCCAGGGGACUCAAGUCCUGAGGAGCCACAGUGUGGUAGGUCUUUGGUGAUUGCUGAAGUGGUUGAAAUGCUCAUGCCAUAGCAAGGGAAAUAUGUGGAAGCAGAUCUGUGGUGAUAGUGCCUUUCUUGUUGUAGCAAGUGAUGUAUUCAGUUAUGCUUGUCUGGACCAUUGCCCCUAUCUUCUGAGGAGGUCUGAGGGAUGAAGGGAUAGGAUAUUGCCCCUGGAAUGCUGUGAUUUGAAGAUGUUUGCACUAGAUUCUAAGCUCUCCUUUAAUGAGAGAAUGAGAGAGAGAAAAAAUGACAACUCAAAGUUAAAAGAAACCCAAAGCAAUGUUUCUUAUAACAUAUCCCUCCUUCACUACUACAUCUUUCCUCCUUCCCUUCCUUCCUCUCUUCCUCCCUUCCUUCUCUUUUUCAUCUUCCUCUUAAAGGAAAUUUCACGUUUGUUAUUACCAAAUCCAGCUCUUAACAAUUCUUUUUCUUUGUUCUCCCCCCACAACACUGAACCAUAAGUUCACCAGUCGGACAUUGACUAGGGAUAGCUAGUCAAGAGCCUCUGCCCCUGGAGUUUUGCUCACCUUCUCUGCCUUAUCAAGGGUGGGCAGCAGUGAGUGAUGGGAGGAGAGAUGAACUGGACCCACCCAGCUUGUAUGGAAGCCAGUACGUCUGGAGUUCAUGUCAAUAAAUGAGCUGACACAUAUUUACCCAGAACACAUUAUGGUCUGUAGCUCAUCCAAAAGGAUGCUGGAAACAAAAUGAAGCCACUGUGUUUCGGCAUCUGAUGAAGGUAGUGCCCGAAGUUCCCCUGUUCCUUCCCUCUCCUCUUUCCCACCUCAUCACCAUGUCCUCUCCACCAGAAUUAAACUUCAUCUCCAAUAUGUCACCAGAAGAACUCUUUGAUUCCUUGGUUUCUCUCUUAAUCACUAGGAUGGUAAUUCUUCCAAAAUUAAAACCAAGCAAAUACUAUUAACAACUCCCUUAUGGUUGGACAGUUUCCCAAGUAGUAUCUGAUCUUAAUUAUCAGUUCUGAUAACUUGGUAGUUUUGGCUGGCUCAAACAUCUGUCAACUUUAUUUUCAUUUCGUUUCCAUUUCCAUUUGAAUCUUGAGUGAGAGUGGAAAGGUAGAAUCAUGGGAAAGAUUUGGAGGCUGCAAUUCUAGGGUAUAGCUUGUCAGAAGUCUGUAUUAUCCAAAAUAGAACUUUCUACACUUGUUUCCAAUUUAAUGUUACCCUGAAUAUUAUUUCUAUUACAUUUAUUGUUAUUUUUAUAAAGAUAGAGUCCAUUUGCUAUGUCUAGUUGAGUGCUCUUUUUCUAUUUCCCCACAUGGAUGCAGUACCAACCUGUUACUUAAAUAUCUUUUUAUUAUAUUGUUGAUAUGUAAUUCUACUGUAGACCAAAAAUAUAAAAACAGAUUUGCUCAUUUUAAACAUAUAAAGACUCUAGUGAGUAAGGAUGAAGAGAAAAGAUGAAGAGCAGUGGUUGGCUGUGUCGUUAGAAAUCUAAGAGUAGCCUUACCUAUUUUUAACCAGUGCUUGCCAGUCACACCAUAGUUGGGAUUAUAUUAUCUUGGCUUCUUCAUGCUUAUGUUCUACAAAUCUUGUUUGUCUGUUUUCUCUGAUGUAAUUGAGGUUGCACAUGAUGCUUUUUUUUUCUGGUAAUGCCUGAUUUUAUUAUACUUUUAUCAGUCAUUUCCUUUAGAAUGAGGGGGAAAGUUUUAUUUCUUCUUUUAAUUUAAAUUUUGUUAAAUGCACUGGAAAUAAAAUUGGACACAUUUCACUGUUUAAAAAUCAGAAACAAAACAAAACCCCAAAGAAAAAACCAGCAAGCAAAUAAGUGGCACAAACAGACAAAAGCUAUGGAAAACAAUCUGUUCAUAUGGAAUAUACGUAUAAGCUAUAUCUAACAUUUGAGAUAAAUACUGUCAAGUAAGAAAAACAAGUGUAAGCUACAGUGCAGAAAACUGUAAGAGGAACCUGAGUUUAAAGUGUGUGGAGAAAAGAGGCCAUUCCUUUCUGAGGAGAGAUCUUGUCAUUAUUCCAAUAAAAACCAACCAAGUUAAAUGUGGAAGAGAUUAAAGAGAGAGUAACUCCAACUUUUCUUAUACAUUGGAGCUCUGGGUUACUUUUUACCCCAUGUCUCAGCUACACACACACACACACACACACACACACGCACGCACGCACGCACACACGCACGCACGCACGCACGCUCUUUUGAGAAGGGUUUGUAAUAUCCAGUGCGAGCAUGUACACAUGUCAGCACUCUGACAGUCCUCAUGCUAAUUCACACGCUUCUCUGAGGCUCACCAGUGACAUAGAAGACUUAGUCACUGAAAUUGGUGUGUGCUAACAAAACACUUGAAUCCAGCCUGUUCCCUUCUCCAGCACCCCCAGUACAAGGCCAGCUGCUGCACACGAGCGCACAGUGAGAGCUCAGACACAGGUUACUUCUCUCAGCCAACCGGCUCAUUAUUUGCUUCAAUAGUUGCUGGGUUUUUCUGGUUUUGUUCUGUUUUAGAAUGGGGUGGGAGUAGAUGUAACUUCACAAUCCUAAUACAGUAAAGUUUUGCAUCUUCCAUAUCUUAUGCAAAAACAGACAUUUAAAUCAAUAAAUAAUUGUGCCCUAGACUGAAAGUUAAUGUUUAGGAGAGGGAAAAAAUUGUUGGAAUUUUUUCUACAUUUUUUUGUGAAGAAUCUUUUUUGGAAAGGAAGGAUACAUAUUUUUGUUGUGUAAUAUUUUCUAUUUUUGAAUGCAUUUUAUUGGUACAAGACUGUUUUUUUGGUGAAGACAUUAUUUAAAAAAAGAAAAAAAGAAAAAAACUAAUCGAAAAGUUUGCCCUUAAGGAUAUGCUGCAGUUUUGAGGUUAAAAAAUAAUAACUGAUUCAAGAUGCGUGUUAAAAGUUGGGAUUCUAUUGUUGUUUUUUGUAAUUGUUACAAGAAGAAGUUUGUAACCACUGCUGUUUAUUUUGUUUCAGAUGAGUAAGUAAAGGGAUUGUUCUUGUUUUAUUCUUUUUUUAGAGAAAAAGCUAUUUAUGAAAUGUCAAAAACACUGGACUGUGAGUUUAAGUGUGGAAGCAUUUUUACCACCCUGUGUCUUCAACCAAUUAUGGGAAACCCCUUUUCUCUCCCCCCCUGCCUUAGCCUUGCCAAAUGAGAAAACGUAACAGCUCUCAGAUGACAGAAGCCUCCGAAGCCCUGCUUUAAUUUUUAUGGUCUGAAAAAGUUGGAAAACCAAAGUUAAAUUUGUUUCUGAAAUCCCACUGUCCAUAGCCCCUUUUUUGUAUACCACAGCCGGUGGGCUCUGCCUCUCUAUCUUGGAUCAUUGCCUUCUUAGGAACCUGGGGCCAGCUCUGCAGAGAGAGGCGUGAAGGUGGUGAGGUCUCCAGAAGUGAAGGGAGACUUGAGCCUCCCCAGGGCAGCCGAGCCUCUCCAUCCGAGGCCAGGCUGCCAAGAGCACACACAGCUAACAGUGCCUGGAGGGGUGGCCCCUGUCACCUUCUGCUUCUAAGACCUUCCAGUUAUCAUGGCUCUGCCUUUCUCGGCAGCCCACGUUCCAUUGAUGGGAGGGGACGGGAUCCAAAUGGAAAACAUGGCUGCGGGUGCUGUGAAGACCCCGGCCCUCAGGAGGUAAAGCAAGGGACCACUCAGCACAGGGCUCUUGCCGCCCGCCCGCCCGCCUCCUCUGACUCUGUGGAUUGUCCAUCCAUCUGCUCACUGUGAAGAUGGAGAGGCAGCGUGCCCUGAAGCUGUUCAAUAGCUUUUCCAUAUUUUUUCAACAUUGAAAAAAUAAUUUUUAAAAACUGUGAUAUUUUUUAAAGAAAUCAUUUGGCUGGAGGGAAGGGAAAAGGGAACCACCAAAAGCUGUAACAUGAUUAACUGGAGAUAUUUAUAACUGGGGCACUUUCCAGACCAAGACAAAUACAUUCUUUUCUGGACCCUAAAGCAGCAAAGUCUUGCGACUGUCAGUGACAAGAAGCUGAAGAGAGGCUUCCCUUUCCUCCUCCUUUCUUCUCUCUGUCUCAAAAUCUCUCCUUUCCUUUCCUAGCUUCCCUUGGUAACUGUCCAAUGGGAUUCAUACUUCACGUGUGAAAACACAUGCACACGCACACUCACAAACACACAGACACACACAAGCAAAAAAAAAUCUAUUUUUCUUAAGGAUUGUGGGACCGAAUUAAAAUCAUGUGCCUUCAUUUUUUUUUCCUUUUAUAGUUAAAUGAACCUCUUCCUUUUUACAAUGUGUUGGGUUUUGUUUUCUUUUGUUUUUAGGAGAAGAGGGGAGGUUAAAGUGUUUCUGGAAGAUUUUAGGCGUCAUUUAGAAGAGUUUUUUUUUUAAAAACGUAUUUCCCACUAAACAUUAAAGCCGACCAUCUCAACCCCUUCACGUUGCACUGUGCACACUUAGAGCAUCAAGUCAUCAGAUCCUGACAACCUAAUCCACUUGAUUUUAGAGCAGUUUCUGAAAUCUCGAUUUCAUAGACUUUUUUUUUACUAUUAUUUAUCAAAAUGAGGUGAGUGAGGCACGUUGCCUUGUUCUCCUAACUUGGUGCUUUUGCUUGUGGGGUGGGGGUGGGGUGGGCAUGGGGAGGUCUAGACAAAGGGUGCAUUCCUAAAGCUCUCUGGUGCUGAAGGGCCUUGAGUUCCUUUCAGAAAACGUGUUUGACGUAAAGGUGUACAAGUGAAUGAAGGGUAUUUCACAUGCAGUGUUCGAAGGGAACAAGUCGAGAGGCUCUCUGAAGUGGGGUGGUCCUUUUUUCACAACAUUUGAUUUCCCUGGUGCCUUAUCCCUACUCGAUGCUGGCACUCACAUACCCACAGAACAAACGCUGAGGUUGGCCCCAGGAGUAAGGACCUCGAGGUGAUCCUUGAGCAUGUGGGGGACCUGAGACAUUGGAGUCAGUUGGUGGGGAAGGAACUAGAUGGCAUCUCUUAGCUGAAACUGCACAGGGACUGCACAGCCCAUCACAGUCAAGAUGAGCCGUGCGUAUGCGGGUCCACGCACGCACGCAUGCACACACACACACACACACACACACACACACACACACACACACCAAACACACUCUUCCUUCUCUGAACUUCCCUUCCUUCUUCAUUUACUAUCUCUGCCUUCUCAUAAAGGUGCUGCUGCUGCUGCUGCUGAUGUGCCCAGAGUCCAGAAUGCCCAGUAAUCACUCAGGCACAAGCCUGGCACUGCCACGUCAGCCCUUGGCAUGACCAAACCCAGGUUUCUCUUGCCUGGGGCUGAAAGCCGUCAGAUUUUUCUCAUCAAAAAAUGUUAUCCAAGGAAUCAGUGGAUUACAGUUACUCUGCAUUGAAAAUGCACUUUAAAAAUUACUAAAAGCUUCAGACUGUUUCAAACACACAGAGGGAGUUGGGGAACGAUAAACAUGUGCUAGUGUCUGAACCCAGUUCAGCUUAUCUCCAGUUGAAACAAUAUACACUAUAUUAUGUGCAAAUGUAUACACACUUCCUAUAUAUGUCCACAUAUAUAUGGUGUAUAUAUUAUACAUGUAUAGGUGUGCAUGUGUGUGCAUACACACACGUGCACAUAGCUGAUCAGAUGCUCAUUUUACACAAACAGCAGCAGAGGAAACAAGGUUGGACUCUUGCAACAGAUCACAAAAAAUAAAAACAGCCGCUUGCAGUGACUUUGGUCAUUUCUGUAUGUUCAUAAGGAAUGGAUUGUAACAAAGAAAAAAAGGAACAGUGUUAGCGAUAGAGGAAAACUGGGCGAAACCAUCUUGAUCCAAUGGGAACGCAGUAAUGUUCUAUACCAUUUCAUCAGUUAUUUCUUUUAGUCAUGAUGAUUUUAAGUUUUGGCUAUUCAAAAGGUUUUAGACUCAAGUGAUUACAUCCAAGUGAACAAAACAACUACCGUGAAAGCCCUUUUCAGUAGGAAGAGGUCAGAAAUCUCAAAACCCUUGGCCUGGCUCAGAACUACCAUGUGCAAACCAGAACGCUCUCAACGUUUGAAAUCAAAACUUUAAAACUCUUUUGAAGCACCUUAGCGUGGCCAUCCAUGUGACGAGUGGGUGCCACUUGAUCCUUUGAGCACCUUAUUGACGUGUUGCUAUCUGCUGUCUUUCUGUUAACCGUUAGCUGAAUAGCUACCUGUUAACACACACACACGUGCCCAGACCAGACAUCUGGCCAUGUGUGCUCUCAAUGAAGUUUACUGUGGUGACUGCUGAAAGGCGAACUCAUUUCCUGAUUUUCCUGCCACAGUGUUGUGAUAAGACUCGAAGAAACCCUGUCCCUGCACGGAAAAAUGUUCCUUAUCACAUUGUAUAUUAGGGUGGGAAGGAAUAUGGUCCCUUUUUUGCAAUUGCUACUGUGUAUUCACACACGUGCACACACACACUGUAUAUUCAGACUUAACAAACACAUAUAUACACAUAACUCAUUUGUCCAAGUGAUAUUUCAGAUGUCUCUGUGGGUGUCACAAACUGUAUGCAGUUUUCCAUUUCCCGGAGAAUUUUGAAUGGAGGGCAACCUUUCAGACUGAAGAACUGGGCACUGGGAAAGAGUCUGGAAAGAGUGAGAGGCAAGGAAAGAGAGACCAUUAAAUCGAAAGAACCGUUUCCUAAGAGAAACCAGGUGGAUGGCUGUCCUCGCAGGUGGGUGUGGAAGACUGUCGUCAGUCUGCGCUAUAGAAACCCCAGCACACAUCAGCACACACAUCCUCCCACAGGGGCGUGGUCUGGGACGAGCAGGUCAAUAGUUUUGAGAGGGAGUUUGUUCCUUUUUUUUUUCUCAUUAUAACUCUUGUUGUCAGUUAUUAAACAAACAGAAAAUUGUUUUGAAGAACCUUGCAUACGCCUUUUCUAUCAAGUGCUUUAAGAUAUAGACUAAAUACACACACCCUGCCAGUUUUUCUUACAGUGACAGUAUCCGUACCUGCCAUUUAAUAUUAGCCUCGUAUUUUUCUCACGUAUAUUUACCUGUGACUUGUAUUUGUUAUUUAAACAGGAAAAAAUUCAAAAAAAGAAAAAUUAACUGUAGCGCUUCAUUAUACUAUUAUAUUAUUAUUAUUGUGACAUUUUGGAAUACUGUGAAGUUUUAUCUCUUGCAUAUACUUUAUACAGAAGUAUUACGCCUUAAAAAUACGAAAAUAAAUUUUACAAGGUUUCUGUUUUGUGUGGAAGAGUAAUUGAUGUUGCUAAGAAUGAUGUUUGUUUUUUGGGGUUUUUGUUGUUUUUUUUUAAAUGUUACCAGCACUU